AUGCAUCAUACUAGCACUAGCAUGCGUCAUACUAGCACUAGCAUGCGUCAUACUAGCACUAGCAUGCGUCAUACUAGCACUAGCAUGCGUCAUACUAGCACUAGCAUGUGUCAUACUAGCACUAGCAUGUGUCAUACUAGCACUACCAUGUGUCAUACUAGCACUAGCAUGUGUCAUACUAGCACUAGCAUGUGUCAUACUAGCACUAGCAUGUGUCAUACUAGUACUAGCAUGUGUCAUACUAGUACUAACAUGUGUCAUACUAGUACUAGCAUGUGUCAUACUAGUACUAGCAUGUGUCAUACUAGUACUAGCAUGUGUCAUACUAGUACUAGCAUGUGUCAUCCUUGUAGUAGCAUGUGUCAUAUUAGUACUAGCAUGUGUCAUACUAAUAGUAGCAUGCAUCAUCCUAGUACUAGCAUGCGUCAUACUAGUACUAGCAUGCGUCACAGUAGCACUAGCAUGUGUCACACUAGCACUAGCAUGCUUCACACUAGCAUGCAUCACACUAGCACUAGCAUAAGCCACACUAGUACUAGCAUGCAUCAUACUAGUACUAGCAUGCAUCACACUAGUAUUAGCACUCAUCACACUAGUAUUAGCAUGCAUCACACUAGUAUUAGCAUGCAUCAUACUAGUACUAGCAUGCAUCACACUAGUACUAGCAUGCAUCACACUAGUACUAGCAUGCAUCACACUAGUACUAACAUGCAUCAUACUAGUACUAGCAUGCAUCAUACUAGUACUAGCAUGCAUCAUACUAGUACUAGCAUGCAUCAUUCUAGUACUAGCAUGCAUCAUACUAGUAUUAGCAUGCAUCAUACUAGUAUUAGCAUGCAUCAUACUAGUACAGUACUAGCAUGCAUCAUAUUAGUACUAGCAUGA